UUUAUCAUAAAUGAACAUGGAGAAUCAAACCACAGUGCCUUACUUUCUGCUGCUGGAUUUUUCAAAAAAUCGGCAUCUGCAGCUUUUGCAUUUCUUCUUCUUCUUUGUGUUAUAUCUCACUACUGUAACAACAAAUUUUCUCAUUAUUUCUGCAGUUGCUUUUGAUCGUCGACUGCACAGCCCCAUGUACUUCUUUCUCAUGAAUUUGGGUUUGCAGGACCUGGGCAUUGCUUCAGUGAUUGCCCCAAAAUCCAUGAUCAAUUCGCUCAUGGACAACAGAUGCAUCUCUUAUGUUGGUUGUGUUGCUCAAAUCUUCCUUUUUGUUUCUUUUGCAGCUUCUGAUUUCUCCCUCUUGACAGUCAUGGCAUAUGAUCGAUAUAUUGCCAUUUGCCAUCCAUUGCACUAUGAGAUGGUAAUGAAUUGGAAAUACUGUACUGAAAUAAUAAUUCUAGUGUGGAUUACAGGUCUCCUCUUUGGAAUGUUGCAUACCAUUGGCACUUUUUCCAUCCGUUUUUGUUCUAAUAUGGUCAACCAAUUCUUCUGUGAAAUUCCACAAUUGCUAAAACUAUCCUGCUCUGGAUUAAAUCUACUUGAGGUUGGUAUUCUUGUGUCUGGUAUCAUUGUUGGACUAGGUUGUUUCACUUUUAUUAUUGUAUCUUAUGCAGUGAUCUUUAGGACAGUGUUAAGAAUCCCUUCUGAACAAGGAAGGCAAAAAGCCUUAUCCACUUGUAUUCCCCAUCUUACAGUAGUGUCUGUGCUAGUAUUAAGUGUAUGCUUUGCCUAUCUGAAACCUUCCUCUAACACUCCAUCUUACAUAGAUUUGGGGUUGACUGUUGUUUAUGCCCUCCUUCCACCUCUGUUCAAUCCAAUCAUCUAUAGCAUGAGAAAUAAGAAUAUCAAAUGA